AAAAAAUCACAGGCAUUGCGCGCGUUUUUAGUGUUUAUUGUUAAAAUGGUUUUAUGUUCGACGAAUUAGCCAUAGUUUAUGGUUUUUUUUUGUAAUUCUUAGCCCAUUAACCGCAGUCCCACCAUGUCUAAAAGAACCGCCGCGCCAAGAAAGCAGCUUACCCUUAGUAGCUUCAUCGGCUUGGGCAAUAGUUUGGGCAGUAGUCAGACUCAGACUCAAACACAAACUAAAAAUGGUUCCGGUGCCAGAAGCCAAAUAAGUAAAGUUUACAAUCCAAUAUUUCUGGACUCCUCUUCUUCUGACGAGGAUGAAACACAGAGUUCCAACGCAAGGAAAGAAUCGCAGGAUUCCAAUGCUACCGGAACAUUGGAGGAGUGUUCUAUGUCUCUAUCGGAGUCGCCAUCAUUUGCGUCCGAGCCUGCAAAUAAAUCCGGCCUGAAUGUUUUAGGUGACGCUUCAAGAAAAAGCCAAAGAGCAGAGCCUAAAGUUUCUAAGGAUGUAUUGAAAGACAAUAAGGCCACUUCCAAGGAGGAUAUUCCAUCCAUAUCUAAGGGACUGGAUUUAGAAUGGGCGAGAGAUUUCCCCUCCCCACCGUUCGAGGAUUCGAGUAAAUGGCGUAGAACAGUGCCAAAAGUUCAUAAGGAUGUAUUGGUAGACAAUCAAGCCACUUUCAAGGAGGAUAUUCCAUCCGUCGCUAAGAGGUUGCAUUCAGAACGGGACAGAGACAUGCCCACCCCUCCACUGGAGGCAGCGUCAAAGCCUAAAUUAAGCAUGGUCUUUGAUAACUCUCUGCCCGACUACCUGCGCGAACUGGCCCAAAAUGACAAUUUUACAGUGGAUCCCAGCCAGCAGAGUGUGGAGGCCCUUAAGGCUUCGCUCAACUUCUUUCGCACCACGCACAUUGAUCUGAUGGACAAAUACUGUUCGCUGAUUGAUCAGAUUCCGGCCAAUCACUUUGAGGAAAUAGCCGGCUUCCAGCCAGGCACAUUCAUUAAGCUGAAGAUCAUGCGGCAGAAGUUCAAGGCACGAUCGCAGUUGUUGCAGAAAACCCUAGAGAGACAGCAAUGUACCCGCAAGAGCGAGCAGGAGGAACAGGAUGCCUUGGAGCGGGAGGAGCAGGAAAUCGAGGCUGAACAAAAUCGGGCUAACCAUGGAAACAGCCAAAGCAUGGCAGAUGCUUGCGAGCAGGGGAUGCUGCGAAAGCGUGAAGAGCUUAUACACGAUCUCUGUGAGGACCCGGAGGACGACUACUUGGCUCAGAGUAUUCUGCUUGACGGGGACCUGGCUGAUGAGAAUAUGAACGGCUACACGCAGGAGAGUAACAAGAUAGACGACGAUGAUGAUUUGGAUGGACUUUUGGCCGAUAUUGAGAACGAGUAUCAGCAGAGGCAGGGCCGCAAGUCCGAGUAUAACGGCUAUGGCUAUAAAGAUUUUGAGGCAGUGCAAAUUAAGCCCAACGACAGAGGCAAUACAGAUUUUGAGGCAGUCAAGCCCAUCCCUAGGAAUAAGGACUUUGAGGCCGUAAAGCCUAAGCCUAAGGAGAACCCCAAAACUCUUUCAUUGGACGAUGAUGGUUUUCCCGAGUAUGAUGAGACAAUGUUCGAGCAAAUGCAUUCUCAGGCCGCCUCUGCCAGCAUUACGGAUCUAACCAGCCCCAGUCCCAGCUGCAGCAGAAGCUUCAGCAAAAUAACUGAUCUAACAGCAGGUCCCAGCUGCAGUCGAACUCCCACCAGCCGGUCGCAACCGACCUCAACCGAUGCUCAGAAGAUAUCUGGAAACUUUCAUUCAAAUGUGCACAAUGACGGCGUCACCGGCGAGUUUGACGGCCAACACUUUGAGCACUCUACUCGCCUAAUGCACGGCUUAAGCUAUAGCUUCGGCCUGAAGAGUUUUCGUCCCAAUCAGCUGCAAGUCAUCAAUGCCACAUUGCUGCGCAAUGAUUGCUUUGUGCUCAUGCCAACGGGAGGUGGCAAAUCGUUGUGCUACCAGCUUCCAGCCAUACUAACGGAGGGCGUGACCAUUGUUAUCAGUCCCCUAAAGUCGCUGAUCUUUGACCAGAUCAAUAAGCUGGCUUCUCUGGAUAUCUGUUCCAAGAGUUUGUCCGGCGAUGUGGCAAUGGCCGAUGUCAUGGCCAUUUAUAGGGACUUGGAAUCGCAUCCUCCCAUGGUCAAACUGCUGUAUGUCACGCCCGAGAAGAUAAGCAGCUCCGCUCGCUUCCAGGACAUAUUGGACACUCUAAACGCCAAUAAUUACAUCAGUCGUUUUGUUAUAGAUGAGGCGCACUGUGUGUCCCAGUGGGGUCACGACUUUCGGCCAGACUACAAGAAAUUGGGAAUCCUGAAGAAGCGUUUCCCCAACGUUCCCACCAUAGCCUUAACGGCGACUGCCACUCCCCGCGUGCGCCUGGACAUUUUGUCGCAACUCAAUUUGAAGAACUGCAAGUGGUUCCUGUCCAGCUUCAAUCGGAGCAACCUGCGCUACAAAGUACUGCCGAAGAAGGGAGCCUCCACUAUCGACGACAUGAGUGCCUAUAUUAGGACCAAGCCACCCAACUCGAGUGGGAUCAUCUACUGCCUGUCGCGCAAGGAGUGCGAUGAAGUGGCCAAGAAAAUGUGCAAGGACGGAGUUCGCGCCGUGGCCUAUCAUGCCGGUCUCACCGAUUCGGAGAGGGAGGGUCGCCAGAAGGAUUGGUUGACCAACAAGAUCCGAGUGAUUUGUGCCACUAUUGCAUUUGGCAUGGGCAUCGACAAGCCCGAUGUUCGAUUUGUCCUGCAUUACUCGCUGCCAAAAUCCAUUGAAGGCUACUAUCAAGAGGCCGGACGGGCGGGGCGAGACGGAGAGGUCGCCGAUUGCAUUCUAUACUAUAAUUAUUCGGACAUGCUUAGACUCAAGAAGAUGAUGGAUGGCGAUAAAGCUCUUCAGUACAAUGUCAAGAAGAUGCACAUCGACAACUUGUACCGCAUUGUGGGCUACUGUGAGAACAUUACGGACUGCCGGCGUGCCCAGCAGCUGGACUACUUUGGCGAGCACUUCACCAGCGAACAGUGUCUGGAGAAUAGGGCCACAGCUUGCGAUAACUGCGGGAAUAAGCGAGCCUAUCGGCCAGUUGAUGCACUAGAGCCGGCCAGAAAAGCGGCGCGAGCUGUCAAGGAUCUGUGCAGUGGAAGGUCGCGCUUCACGCUCCUUCACAUAUCCGACGUCUUAAAGGGUAGCAAGAUAAAGAAAAUCGUGGACUUCGGGCACCACAAUACACCACAUCAUGGCUCUCUAAAAGACUGGGAAAAGAACGAUAUACAGAGGCUGCUGCGGAAAAUGGUCAUUGAUGGCUAUCUACGGGAAGAUCUGAUAGUUUUGAAUGACUUUCCGCAGGCCUAUCUGUACCUGGGCCACAGCAUAAGCAAACUAAUGGACGGUACGCCCGAAUUCCAAUUUGCCACAACGCGAAAGGAGGCUAAAACAGCAGUGGCCACUGUAUCUGAGCCGGGAGCUGCCAGCAGCAACGAUGGAAAGUCGAAGAUGCGCGAAAUACACGAUCGCUGCUACACUGAUCUUCUCGACUUGUGCCGCACGAUAGCUAGUCAGCGAAACGUCACCAUGGCUAGCAUCAUGAAUAUACAGGCUCUCAAAAGUAUGGCGGAGCUUCUGCCGCUCACAGCGAAAGACAUGUGCAGCAUUCCUCAUGUGACGAAGGCUAACUAUGAUAAAUAUGGCGAGAAACUCCUUGAGAUAACGUGUAAUUAUGCCUCAGAGAAGCUUCUUAUGCAAGCCAUUUUGGACGAGGAGGAGGAGCAGGCGGCUGCGGCUGCAGCAGCAGCUGCAGUACAGAAGCCUCGGGCCUCAGGAAGCUCAGGCUGGCAAACCAAGGACGAUGCCGUGGAUUGGGACAGGGCUGUGACAUCGCAAGGUGCCAGCGGAGGCAGUUAUGGCUCCUCCUACCGCGGCGGAAAACGAAAGAGGACCUUUAAGUCGGGAUCGAGCAAGAAAUUUAAAAGUAAUUCAGCCUCUCCAGCGCCAAAAAGGACCACUACUGCAGGUAGAGGAGGUCGUGGCAGUAGAACGACAGCUAAGCGCGCAGAUAAUGCAGCCGGAGCCGCUUCUGGAUCUGGCUGGAAAAGUAAGAAAACCGGAAGCAGCUUUGGCUUUGACCUGAUGCCCAUUCCAGGAUCAAAGUAAAGCCAUCGGCAUCGUGACAUCGUGGCAUCGGGCAUCAUCAUACUUCAGCGAAACGAAAACGAGCCACAAACGAACACGCAUUAUUUUUGUCACAUUUCAACUUUCAUUUCUUUUCGUUUAACAUUAACAUUGCCCUAGAGCUAGAAUUAGACUUAGAAAAGUAAGCGCUGGAGCCGCUUGCAUCUUUGGCUGUAACAGCAUUAAAAGAAACUCGCAUUUAAAAUUGUA